AUGAUUACUGGUGUGUUACUUCUGGUUGUGGUUACUGCUAUUAUUCCACUUGUUUUUAUUCUUAAAAACAAUACAGGUAAUAAUCAAUUCAACUUAACAAAGAUUGCUACGACUAAUGAAUUCGAUAUAAUAUAUGGAUUUUCAUUGAAUUUAGGAUCAAACAAUAGUUCAAGUUCGUCCAAUGUGAAUGUUCCUAAACGUCUUGGUAUCUAUUAUGGAUGGCCAUCAUUAGUGCAAGGUGUCCAGGGAAAUCUAACUGCAGCUAUUUCCAUAUUUAGUCAGUUUGAUUUGAUUGUCUUUGGUGAUGGAAUAGCUUCGCCCUCGCAUGGUGAUCAUAAGAAUACACAAAUAAUCAUUCAAUCAUUAAAUAACCUUGGAAAAUUAAGUUUUGGUUAUAUUGAUCUAGGAGUUACAACACAAAAUUUAUCUAUUUUACAGAUGCAAACAACUGUUGAUGAGUGGGCAGCUAUGGGAAUCAAUGGGAUUCUGUGGGAUGAUGCUGGUUAUGAUUAUAAUGUAAGUCGAUCUCGUCAAAAUACAAUGAUCUCUUAUUGCCAUUCAUUCAAUUUACGAGUUAUGAUGAAUGCAUGGAAUCCAGAUGAUGUUAUGUCUGGGAGUCCAAUGCUUUUAGGCUCUAAUGAUAUUUAUUUACUUGAAUCAUAUCUAAUAUCGAAUGGAAACUAUCAAAACUUGGCAGCAUGGAAAAUAAAAGCAGAUAAAUGUUUAUCGUAUGCAAAUCUGUAUGGAAUUUCAAUGGCGACUCUUUCAACAAGUUCAACUCAAAUAUCAUCAUCGUUUGGUUUAACUCAACAGUUUAGUCAAGCUUGGUUUGGAACUGCUAUUUAUAACUUUCAAUAUUUUCAAGCUACAGAUAUUCAAUACAGCUCAUCCAAUAAUAUGUUAUAUGCAUUUGAAAAUCUCUUAACAUCGUAUGGAAACAGUUGGCAAACAGCUGAUGUACAAAAUGAUUCAAAUAUCCAUUUUUAUAGAUCAACAGAUACUUACAUUUUAAACAUUUAUGGAGAUGGGAUGACUUAUGGAAAUGGAAGUUUUACUUUGGUAUCCAAUGGAUAA